GCACAGCUGCGAGCUUUCAUCCCUGAGAUGCUGAAGUAUUCCACGGGUCGCGGGAAACCAGGCUGGGGCAAGGAAAGCUGCAAGCCCAUCUGGUGGCCUGAGGACAUUCCAUGGGCCAACGUUCGCAGCGAUGUCCGCACAGAGGAACAGAAGCAGCGGGUGUCAUGGACCCAAGCACUCCGGACUAUUGUGAAGAACUGCUACAAGCAGCACGGGCGUGAAGACCUGCUCUACGCGUUCGAGGAUCAGCAGACACAGCAGCAGACUACGACCACACACAGUAUAGCACACCUGGUGCCGUCGCAGACAGUGGUACAAACCUUCAGUAACCCCGAUGGCACCGUGUCCCUCAUCCAGGUUGGCACCGGUGCCACAGUUGCCACGCUGGCCGAUGCCUCGGAGUUGCCCACCACGGUUACCGUCGCGCAAGUCAAUUACUCUGCAGUGACUGAUGGAGAGGUGGAGCAGAACUGGGCAACGCUACAGGGCGGGGAGAUGACUAUCCAGACGACGCAGGCAUCAGAGGCCACGCAGGCGGUGGCAUCGUUAGCAGAAGCAGCAGUGGCAGCAUCUCAGGAGAUGCAACAAGGAGCAACUGUUACCAUGGCACUCAACAG